CAACCCGCUAAAGCAAUAACUGACCACUAAGCAAACUUUUCAAACUCCCUCUAAUUUUUCUUCCAUAAGUUUCCCCUUCAUUUUCCAUUUCAGUAAACCAGAAACCAAAUAUUUGAAUCUUUUUUUUGUUUUUAUUUUUAUUAUUUAUUUAUUAACACUCUGAUUAUACGUUACGUACCUUCAAAAAACUCGUCUCCGUUCGUUGUUUUUGCAGAUGUCGGUUUCGAUGGACUUAAGGGAAGUAGUUGGAAGCCAGGUGUGCGGAAAUGGAGUUUGGCAUACUGAAUUGCUUCCUGCUACCAAUGAUGGCCAUGGAGGUGUCAUUGUGGAAAUGAAAGAGCAUAUGGAUUCUGAAACCUUUGUUAUUGUGCUCAGAGCUUCCAUGUUGCAGUGGAAGCAACAGGGUAAAAAGGGAGUCUGGAUUAAAUUGCCUAUUGGACUUGUGCAUCUAGUUGAAACUACCGUGAAGGAGGGGUUCAGGUACCACCAUGCUGAACCAAGUUAUCUCAUGCUCGUUUCUUGGAUUCCUAAUACACCUAACAAUAUCCCUGCAAAUGUAACACACCGAGUACGUGUUGGUGCAAUUAUCCUGAAUGAUAAAAGAGAGGUGCUCACAGUUCAAGAAAAGAGUGGUCGAUUUCGAGGAACCGGCAUAUGGAAAAUUCCUACAGGAGUUGUUGAUGAGGGAGAGGAUAUUUUUAUGGGAGCUAUUAGAGAAGUAAGAGAAGAAACAGGGGUUGACACAGAAUUUGCAGAGGUCCUAGGGUUCAGUCAAUCGCACAAGACAUUCUUCGAGAAAUCAGAUCUAUUUUUCUUAUGCAUGUUGCGUCCACUAUCUUUUGAUAUUCAGAAGCAAGAGCUGGAAAUUGAGGCAGUUCAGUGGAUGCCGUUUGAAGAAUAUGCUGCUCAACCUUUUGCCCAAAAGCACGAGCUUUUCAAAUACAUUAACGAAUUAUGCUUAGCCAAGGUAGACAGAGACUAUGCUGGGUUUUCUCCAAGGCCUACAUUAUCAAUGUUCAGCGACCAACCAUCUUACCUUUAUUUGAACAACAAGGAUCUGGACAAGUCAAGUUCUGCUAACAACUCAUGCAUAAAUGUAAAAUUGGGUUGAUGGUACCAUAUCAUCUGCUAGCCUACUUUAUUCCUUCUUUAUAUAUUGAUCCCUUAAUUCUCCAUCCUCUUUCUGAUAAAAGAAAGGGUGCAGCCGUGACCAAAAGUUAUCAGUUAUUAUCUCUUGUAUAAUUUGACCAUUGAUUAUAUGCGUUUUGUCAUCCUUACUGCUGAAUAUUUUAAAGAAAUCUUAUGAAAUUAUAGAUAUAGAUCACCCUUUAAACAUUGAUUA